GACUGACAAUUAUGAGCCUUUCUUGAACUCUAAAAAAACGUACGAGUAUAAAUAUGAGGGAUUGGUACGAGUGGGACAGGAAAUGCCAGACCUGAUUGAGUCAGCGCUGAAGCUGAGGUGCACUUUUAAAAUCAUUGGUGAAUCGCCACAAACCUUUGUCCUUCAGAUUUCAAAUGUAGACUUUGAAGACUUUAAUGGCAUCCCUGGGAAAAGUGUAUUUAGCCCUUCCGAAAAGCUCACUAAGCGUCUAUCUGCCGAGUUCAGCCAGCCAAUCGUUUUUGAAUUCUCCAAGGGACAAAUUACUGACAUUCGGACAGCACCUGGGGUCUCAAACGCAGUUGUAAAUAUUGUGAGGGGGAUCCUUGGAUUUUUACAAGUCACAGUCAAAACAACACAAAGUUUUUACGAACUGGUGGAGUUGGGAAUUCAUGGUGUAUGUCAGAGCAGUUACAUUGUUGAAGAAGACUCCAAUGCCAAAGAGUUGAUAGUGACCCAAAUGGUUGAUAUCAAAAACUGUCAACAGCCAGCUGCUUUGUACAGCGGUAUGGCUCACGCCCCUGAAGACAAACUUAGCAAACAGAGGGGUGAGAGUGCUGUUUCCACAGUGAAACACACCUACACAGUGAAGUCCACAGCAGAUGGCGGUCUGAUCACUAAAGCAUCCUCUCAGGAGCGCCAAUAUUUCUCUCCGUUCAAUGUAAAGGGAGGAAACUCUCGAAUGUUGGCAUUACGGAACAUUGAGCUUCUCAAAGUUUCAGACACAGCUGACAAAAUAGUGACUGGACAGGUGCAAAGCAGAGGCAACCUAAUGUACAAGACAGAUAAGGACCUUAAACCAAUUCCUGUUGUGAUGAUCAACCUGAACGACCCAGUGCCAAAGAUUUUAGAUUUAAUUAAGCGCUUAGCUCAGGCUAACAUAUAUCACGUGGACAGCGCUAGCAGCACGGAUAUUCUGGAUCUAAUCCAAUUGCUACGAGUGGCAACACAUGAAAAUCUAGAGCAGUUAUGGAAGCAGGUCUCAGGAAAUGAUGAGCACAGGAGGUGGUUCCUGGACUUGGUUGUGGAGGUAACAGAUGAGAGGAUCCUCAAAUUCCUUGAGACCAGAUUCAAAGUAGGAGACAUUACAGCGAAUGAGGCAGGACAGGCACUUGUAGUGGCAUUUAACCACUUGUCUGCUGAGCCUGUGCCAGUGGCAUUAGCUCAGGAGUUCUUGACAAUUCCUUUCAGUAAAUCCCCAACUCUCCUGUGGAACACUGUGGUUUUGGCAUAUGGAUCACUUUUAUACAGAUACUGUGUGUAUACUGAUCCCUGCCCUGUCACUGUGGUGCAGCCAUUACUGGAUAUGGCUGCAAGUAGUCUUAGUAAAAACUCUGAGGAGGACAUGGUCCUUGCACUAAAGGCCUUAGCAAAUGCAGCUCAUCCCUCCAGCAUCAAGACUCUACUAAAGUUCCUUCCAGGCUACUCACCUGCAGCUGAAAAGCUUCCAACCAGAGUACAGGGUGCUGCAGUCCAGGCAUUCAGACUGCUUGCAUACAGAGACCCCCACAGUGUACAGGAUAUUGUCUUGAACCUAUUUGUACAAAAGACUCUUCCUUCUGAAAUCCGCAUGCUGGCCUGCAUGGUGCUUCUAGAGACCAAGCCCUCCAUAGCUCUGAUCUCAGUAAUAACUGAGGUCCUCUUGGAGGAGAUUGACCUGCAGGUUGCCAGCUUCUCUUACUCUCUGCUCAAAGGAAUUGCCAAGUCCCGCACCCCUGAUAAUCAAAAUCUAUCUACUGCCUGUAACAUUGCCAUGAAGAUUCUUACCCGCAAACUUGGCCACCUGAGUUAUCGCUACAGCAAGAGCAUGCAUUUUGACUGGUUCCAUGAUGACUUUUUAUUUGGGACAUCCACUGAUGUUUAUAUGCUGAAAAACGAAAGUCUCAUACCCUCAAAACUUAUGCUAAAGGGGAAAAUUCAUUUCAUUGGGAGAAUCAUGCAACUUCUUGAGCUUGGUGUCCACACAGAUGGAAUCAAAGAGCUGUUUGCAGGAAAAAUCCCUCAACUCACAGAUUUUGCCUCUAUGAUGAAAAUUCUCACUGACUGGCAGAACCUACCGAAAGACAGACCUCUACUGACGGCAUAUGUACGCUUGUUUGGACAGGAGGCCUUUUUAAUGGAUGUAAGCAGAGAAUCCAUUCAGAGCAUCAUAAAGUCACUUAGUCCUUCUGCAGGGAAGGAGAGUAAAGUUUGGGAAAAGAUUCAGGAUGUUCAAAGAGGGACUUCCUGGCACUGGACCAAGCCUCACCUUGUGUAUGAAGCUCGAUUCAUACAGCCAACUUGUCUGGGUCUCCCAGUUGAAAUCAGCAAAUAUUAUUCCAUAGUAAAUGCUUUUACAAUGAAAGCUAAAGCUGAAAUUAAUCCUCCUCCCAAGGAACAUCUGGGUGAGCUGCUAAGCUCAGACAUUUCCCUGCAGACAGAUGGCUUUGCUGGAGUGACAAAGGAUAAUUUUGUCUUCCAUGGAAUCAACACAGAUCUUUUCCAGUGUGGUGUUGAGUUGAAGAGUAAGAUAAUAACUAACCUGCCAUGGGCAUUUGACUUGAAAAUAAACGUGAAAGAGCAAAAGUAUGAAAUGAACUUGACUCCGAAGAAAACAGUCACUGAGUUAUUUUCAGUCAAUUCUAAUGUGUUUGCUGUUUUGAGAAACAUUGAAGAUCCAUCCUUGUCCAAAAUUACUCCCAUGAUGCCUGAGACAGAGAACUCCCGGCAGGGUUUGCCACUGGCCAGAAGAAUUUUACCCACUUCAAGGGAUGAACAGGACUCUGCGAUGAAAUUCAGGCAAUGUGCUGAGGCCAAGAUUUAUGGAACUGCGAUCUGUAUGGAGGCAGAAGCCAAACGAUCACAUUACCUUCAUGAAUAUCCUUUAUAUUACUUCCUGGGACAUACCCGCUUUUCAUAUCAACUAGAACCAGCAAAGGGUGCAAAACCCAUUGAAAAAAUUCAGAUUCAGGUCACUGCGGGCAGAAAACACCCUCCAGGAGUCAGUGAAAUGAUGGAUCUCAGCCGCAGAGUAUUCGAGGCUCUUGAUUCCACUCCAGAGCCUGUAGUCACAGUAAAAGCACUUGGUCUAAGUCCGCCAGCAAAACCGCUGGGCUAUGAAGGUGUAGCCUUUUAUGUGCCAACAGCCCAAAGAGACGAUCUUGAAGUGAUAGUCUCUGAAGUUGGUGAACAAGCAAACUGGAAAAUAUGUGCCAAUGCAAACGUAGAUAAGAGUCAUUCAUCAGUAAAGGCCCAUCUCAAAUGGGGUGCAGAGUGUCAGACAUAUGAUGUAUCUAUGAGGGUGUCCUCAGCGUGCCAGCCAGAGUCUAAACCUUCCAUAUACACCAAGAUUAACUGGGGAGCUCUGCCCUCAGUGUUCACAAUAAUUGGUCAAAGAAUUCAAGAGUAUGUGCCUGGCAUAUCUUAUAUUAUGGGUUUCUACCAGAAAUAUGAGACAAAUCCAGAACGCCAGGCAGCUGUCACUGUUGUAGCACUCUCGCCAGAGACCUUUGAUUUGAGAGUGAAAAUUCCAGAGCGAACUUACAAAAAGGCACUUCCCUCACCAAUCGAACUUAUGGGGUUUGAAGCUGUGAACCUCACCAUGUCAACCUAACAGGCUGAUGUCGAAGAGCACUUCUGGGAUACCACAAUCACAACAUGGAAAAUGGACAUUUGAUUUCUGGCUGAUUUGGAUAUUCAAAUAUAUAUGCUAAAAUCAAUACUUUCGAAUUAUGCAACAAUAAAUACAGCAUGCAUUAAGAGUUCAUCUGUGACAUUAAUUCGUUAUCUUCUGAAUGAUCAUUAUAUUCUAGCCUAGAGUGGGUUAUAUUUACCUGUAGAGCAUCAGCGACCUCUCCUCCCAGGUUCCAGGGACAUCUUGGCUAAAGGAUGAAGAGUAUGCUUGUGAUUAGGUCAAGGAUGGGAUUAAAAACCUAUAAAACUUUAUGUGCUGUAUGUUUUACAUGCGUGUACAUGCAAAUGUAUAGUGGCAGUCUCUUUGCUAGUUACAUUUACACAUGGAAGUGUGCUAUUGCUGUUUAGCAGGCAACUGUUGAUAUUGAUGAUAAUGAUAUUAAUGCAAAAAAACUGUAUUAGUUAGCUAGUCACUAUUUCAAUUAAAGUGCAAUUAACAUG